AUUAAAUUAUCUACACUACAACAACAACAACAACAACAACGUAAAACCUAAACCUAACCUCUCACCGCUUCUCUCUUUUUCUCUCUCUAUCUCUAGACUUGUCUCAAAAAUGGCUCGCAGAAGCUCUGGUGGAAGGUCAGCUCGUGCACCUGCCCGUGCUCCAGCACGUAGCGCCCCGCCCCCGGCGACUGCAAGCCGUGCACCUCCUCCUGCACCUGUGCAGAGUAGCGGUGGUGGCAUGUUUGGUGGCGUUGGUUCAAUGAUAGCUCAAGGAAUGGCUUUUGGUACUGGGAGUGCUGUUGCCCACAGGGCUGUUGAUGCUGUGGUGGGUCCACGUACAAUUCAGCAUGAAACUGUUGGUGCUGCUGCUGCUACAGAUGUUGGCAUAAAUAACACGGUUCCUGAUGCUUGUGGCAUGCACUCAAAGGCAUUCCAAGAUUGCCUUAACAGCUCUGGAAGUGACAUUGGGAAGUGCCAGUUCUACAUGGAUAUGCUCGCAGAGUGCAAAAGAAACUCGAGUUUGAAUGCUUGAUUAUAAGCUGCUUCACAAUGAUUAUCAAUGAGCUAGACUUUGUUCAUUGUAUUAUUUGGUAUAUUGGGUGGAUCUGAACAUGUGGCAUUUGCUAUAAUAUUUGAGACUUGUGAGUUGUUUCAACUUUCAAGUAUGAAAUGCUUUGCUGGCCAAUAAAUGACUUGGAAAUUGAAUUAUCA